UGCAGGUGCAGGAGGAGGCGACGCGGAGGGGAAGUGAUGAUCCUGUUUAAUCCUUUCCGUAAGAAACCCAUGCCCGAGGCCGCCGAGCAGCACCCAUGACGCUUCCAGCGGCGGUGCGGAACGGGGCCGAAGGGCGGAACGCGGAGCGCGAGAAUGGUGUACUGGCGCGUGGGCUUGGCCUGGAGCCGCUCGUGCGUGCUCGAGCUCGGGCGCAACAAGAGCUUCCUGCCCGCCGGCCUCUGUAGAUCGGACGAGCAGCUCUCGUUUUAUGGCUACGUCAUCGCGUACCCGCUGCAGGACUACGGCGGCAUCAUGGCGGCCCUGGGCUCGGACUCGUGGUGGCGGAAGACGCUGUACAUCACCGGGGGCGCGCUGCUCGCCGCCGCUGCUUAUUUACUGCACGAGCUGCUCGUUGUCAGAAAAGAGCAGGAACUGGAUUCCAAAGACACGAUCAUCCUCCACCAGUUUUCCAGGCCCAAGAACGGUGUUCCCAGCUUGUCCCCUUUCUGCCUCAAGAUGGAGACCUACCUGCGAAUGGUAGACCUGCCUUACCAGAACUACUUCGACGGGAAGCUUUCCCCACAGGGGAAGAUGCCGUGGAUCGAGUACAACCAGGAGCAGGCCAGCGGCUCGGAGUUCAUCAUCGACUUCCUGGAGGAGAAGCUGGGUGUGAACCUGAACGGUGACCUAAGUCCUGAGGAGCGAGCCGUGUCACGCGCCAUCACCAAAAUGGUGGAGGAGCAUUUCUACUGGACAAUAGCCUACUGUCAGUGGGUGGACAAUCUGGAGGAGACUAAGAAGAUGCUGGCAGUGACCGGGCCUCUGAGUGACGUGCUCAAGUGGAUCCUAAGUCACGUUAACUGUGGCAUCGUGAAGAGAGAGAUGUACGGCCACGGCAUCGGGCGCUUCUCUAAAGACGAAAUCUACACGCUGAUGGAAAAGGACAUGCGCACCCUGGCUACUCUGCUCGGGGAUAAGAAGUACAUCAUGGGCCCCAAAGUCUCCACAGUGGACGCUGCAGUGUUUGGCCACCUCGCCCAGGCCAUGUGGACUUUACCCGGCACGCGGCCGGAGCAGCUCAUCAAGGGUGAAUUAAUCAACCUGGCCAUGUACUGCGAGCGCAUCCGGAGGAAAUUUUGGCCCGAGUGGUUCGUGGACGUCGAUGAUCUCUACUACGACGGCUCGAGCGAAGAGCCGCACUCUCCGUCUCCGCUGCUCGACCUGGGCCUGUUCUCCCACAGUGACGGUUUCCCGGAGGAGCCCAGCACCCUGUCGCGUUCCGACACCACACACUCUCUGGACAGCGAUCGCACCGGACACUCGCUCUUCGACUCUGACAUGGACGGCGAGUACUCGGAGACGGAGCAGGUCAAGUGCUAACCACUUUGUCUGUCACGAUGCCGCUUCUCUGGCAUGUCCGUCCUUUCAUCGCGCCCCUUUUACUAAGGAUGGCGUUCACCUUUGGGAUGAGGACGGAGCUUCCCUAGAGGAAUGAGAGGAGCAUGAAAGGUGUGCAGUGUCAUCAAUGGGAAUGCUGAGGAAUCUCCGGUUUACCUGCAAGUAGGGCUGGGUAUGAUUAGUGUAAUGGUAUACGGGACCUCGACAUUGCGAUGUUGUACCUUGGCAUCACAUGGCAUGAAGCUGAUGGGAAAUGUAGCAAAGUUUGGUUUUUUUUCCCCUACUUUUUACUUUACACAACACAAGAAAUAUUGCGUCCCAGUUUAGAAGACGUUAUGUUGUUAUGUAAUGUCAUUGGGUAUUUUUUAUUAUUUUAAAAAAUUUUUGCCCACCCUUACUUGCUAGUAAAUAUGUUGGAGGUUGUCAAAAGAUUGUAAUAAAGAUAGGAAAGAAAAAACAAGGAUGGAAAGAACAAGGCGUAACAUUUCAACCAGGUCAAAUCACCAUGAUGUAUAAAUAAAGAACGAGAUCGAGACAGAGAGCCAAGGGAGUGAAUGACGCGACUGCUGAAUCGUUCCCUCCAUCGUGACAGAUCACUGUUCCUCAUCGUCCUCUCGCCGUGUCGGAGCGCAAAACAGAGAAGUCGCUUCCUGUUUUAAGGUGAAUUAUUGUAUGGAUACUGAUACAGGAGUUUCCUUUUAACCUUUCCUAAAGAGAAAUAAAACACUUGUCCCUUUAAAAAAAACGAAGGAACGAAAAAAAAUAUAUAUAUUGGUUGGGAUUUUUUACAAAUCGAAUUCUUAUACAGGAAUC